GCACUUCGUCUACCCACUACAGCAACAAAUUCUGAAUACUGCCUGAACACUAGUGAAGAAAUUCUCGGUUCAGCCUUUAAGUUUUGAUUUUAAUCCAGAGAGAGAGAGAGAGAGAGAGAGAGAGAGAGAGAGAGAGAGAGAGAGAGAGAGAGAGAGAGAGAGGACAAGCGCGGAAAGAAAGGGAAAGAGCUGUGUUUUAACAAUGUGCAUAUGAAGAAUGAAGAAGUGAUGUACCGCUAUUGCAAGUGGCACGGAAAGGAAACAGUGGUAAAUAUACAGUAGGACGUCCAGCGGUGUGUGUGUGCGUAAUCUGAUUUGGACUGCAGAGGAAAGCUAGGGGGGUGGUGGUGGGUGGAGGGGAUCACUGUUGUUUGGUGAGAGAACGUCCUCUGUAAAAACUGAGAACUAUCAACCAAACCAGUCGACUUCCAACCACUCCUGGCCCCCCACACUCAGAUAAAGAAAAAAAAAACAAUCGUUUCCUUCAUCCUUGCGUUCUACAGUAACCUGCAGUGUAAGCUUUACAAACAGAACACAGAAAGAGGGCGUUAAAAGACGAAAAUAGCCGCAGCAAUUGUGAUUCGUUUGGAGAAAAAAAAAAUCAAAACAAACAAACAUUUUAUUUAAAAAGUCAGACAUUCACACACGACGUGGUGUUGGAGUGGAGCAUUUAUAGGUCUGUGAUUCACAAUGGAUUUCUCAAACGCACCAGAUUGGUUUAAGGAAGCCAUCCUAAACCGAUUUAUAAACGAUUCUUCUUUCAUGAACAUGAGUGGUUAUAACUUCACCCACGAGGGGUUCGUCUUGCCCAUUGGCAUAAAGAUCACCAUUGCUGUGGUUUACAUGGUCGUCUGCGUGGUGGGGCUCGUGGGAAACUGCCUGGUCAUGUACGUCAUCAUCAGGAGGAAUCCUGCAUUCUGGGACAAUUCAGGGAUGGGACAAAGGGGGACUGCCAGUCUUGGAGACAGGAGGGGACAAGGCCACGCAAAUCCUUUUAGGUACACAAAGAUGAAGACUGCAACUAAUAUAUACAUCUUUAACCUGGCCCUUGCAGACUUUCUGGUUCUCCUCACCUUACCUUUCCAAGGCACAGACGUUUUCCUUGGGUCCUGGCCGUUUGGUAAGCUCCUCUGCAAGAUAGUGAUCGCAAUCGAUUAUUAUAACAUGUUCACCAGCACCUUUACCCUCACCAUGAUGAGCGUGGAUCGGUACAUCGCUGUCUGCCAUCCAGUGAAAGCCCUGGACAUGCGAACCCCUCACAAAGCUAAAGUCGUCAACAUCUGCAUCUGGGCUUUGGCUUCUGUAAUCGGUGUACCAGCCAUGGUUUUGGGGGAUGUUGAAGAGGAUCCCUAUGGCACAGCUAUCGAGUGCGCUGUGGUCCUGCCUCAGCCCUGCAGCUUCUGCGACGCUGUAUUUGGCACCUGUGUAUUCAUCUUCUCCUUCGUCGUCCCGGUCGCCAUUAUCACCAUCUGCUACACCCUGAUGGUGAAGCGCUUGAAAAGCGUGCGGGUGCUGUCCGGCUCCAAGGAGAAGGACCGCAUGCUGCGCCGCAUCACGCGGAUGGUCCUCAUUGUGGUGGCGGUCUUCGUUGUCUGCUGGACUCCCAUCCAGAUCAUGGUGCUGGUCAGGGCCCUUGGGUUGAACCUGCACAACGAGUUCACAGUCUCACUCAUGCACUUCUGCAUCGCCCUGGGCUACGUCAACAGCAGCCUCAACCCAGUCCUCUACGCCUUCCUGGAUGAGAACUUCAAGCGCUGCUUCAAGGAGUUCUGCUACCCAUCUUCAUUCAGGAUGGAACUGCAGCGGUCAACCAGAAUGAAGAGCAUUGCCAAAGAAGUUGCCUGCAACUGCAAGCAUGCAGAUGGGACUAGUAAUCCUGCAUGACUAGACGUGGAGCUGCCGUUGGUUACCGCCAACCAGCAGAAACCUGGCAACUCAAAUGCAGAGCUUACUCAAAUAACAGCCCUUUAAUAUAUGCUGUGCUUGUGCUGUGUGGUCAACUGAACAUGAAGGUGGCCUUUGAAAGGUUCAGAGUUUCUGAUUUGGAGAAAGUCAAGGAACUUUUACCUGCGCAGCCAGAGGAAAAAAGAAAGAUGUUGGGAUACUUUUAAAAAGACAAAAUAUGAUAUGAUAUAAAUUAUGGCCUUAAUUGUAUCAUCUGUUAAAACUUGCCUAAACAGCGUGUUUGAUGUACAGUAAAUGGGUACUUUUGUGUUUUUAAUGCCUAAAAAAGUGUGUUAUUGUGAAAAGUGUUGAGCAGAUAAACCCAGCAUAUUCAUAUAUUUUUGUUCUGUUAACAAAAAAUAAAUAAAUUGGUAGCAGUGUUUCUAAGUUUGAAAAUAUGUAAGUUUUCAAAAAGUACAAGACAUACCUUUAAAAAAUCUAUUGUACUGUUCUAGAACUAUAUUAUUGUCAGAAGUCUCAUAGUAAUCUUACAAUGUGCCUCUGCAAAUUGCUGGUUUAUGUCAUUAUUCUUAGCGAAGAGAACACUGCAUGUCAGUUGAAUGGGUAUAUUUGACAGCUUCGCUUUGUGUAAAAGUGAAUGUUGUUAGACUCGCAUAACUUGAUCCCAAGGUUGCAACUAUGUUUACUUUCAAAAGCAGUCAUUGCUGAGCUGUAACUGAGAUUGUAUUCUUCUGUUUAUUUAUUGAUGUAUUCAUUUACAUAUAAGAAGCAUUGUUAUCAGCAUUGUAACUGACAAUGCUAAUAUGUUCCACACAUUAAAGAACCUGCUUUG